GAUCCAAUCGAGCGCCAUUUUCUCUUUCAAGUCGGGGGAAUGUGAAGAUGUGAAGUGAAAAAUGGGAGGAUUUUUAUUUCGUUAUAGUAUGCACAAAAAAGGGUGUUUUGCACGGUGCGUUUCUUAAUGGUAAAAGUUUGCACUAGUACGAGUUCAGUGAUUUGUAGAGGUACAGCGACUAGCCUCUGCCGGCGGGGAGGAGGUUGAAUGUCCUGAAACAGCAGAAGGGCUCCCUCUUACAGUACUGACUGGAAAGAAGGCAUUAUGUAUCAACUACCGGUCCAGAACCUGGAUAAAAUAAGGAAGGCUCGAAAGAAAGUCAAAGGCAUUCUCAAGGAUAUUGGUCUUGAGGGCUGCAAGGAAUUCUUGAGUACUCUGCAGUGCUUUAGACCACCUGAAUCCUAUUAUAAUAAUACAGAAUGGUCCGAUUUCUCUAUAUGGGAGCCAUCAAAAAAGAAACAGAAAUACAGAAAGAAGCCAUUCUGCUGCAGUCUAUGCAAUUUUGCUGCCAAGCUCCCUUCGUCAUACAAGAAUCAUAUAUUAAGAUGUCACGAAGAGGAAGUGGACCUGGCUGUGAUGAUAAAUUGUCCUCAUUGUCCUUUCAUCGCUCAUCCAAAGACAAUUUUACAGCAUGUCAAAAUGUUUCACACAGCUCCCCGAAAACUUCCGGUUACCCCUCCAGUAAAUACUGCACUUAACAUGAUAGGAACAAAUGUUGAUAAGGUGACAUUUUACUGCCGUCACUGCUCUUUUUCAGACACUUUGUACUACAGUAUCAAGAAACACGUCCUGGUAGCUCAUUUUGAAAAUGUAAUAAAUGCUUGGUUUGGCCAGAUUGAGGGAGAGGUUGAGCCAGAAACCAGAAGAGACACGGCAUGUUAUGCAAAUGACCAGAGAAUACCAACAUACAGGUACUGCUGCAGGAAAUGUGGUGCAGGUGCUGCUACUCAGGAUGCUUUAAUUUAUCAUAUAUUGACUUCAGAAAGGCACAGAGAGUUAGAAGUGCAGUUAAGAGCUUCAAUAUGUGAAGUACGGAAGCCACAUGCUAAAAAAAUUGGACUCUGGAAACCUAUGAGUAUUGCUCCAAAACCUCAGAAAAUGGCACCUCCAGUUUUAACUUCUAACACUAUUCCUAUUCCAGGACCGCCACCCCUACGACCUCCUCCAGUGUACCCUUAUCACCAAAACUUUCAGAAUCAUGCAAUGGGGCCAUUUUUGCAAAGACCACAUGCACCUGUAGGAAUGGUUCCCCUUCCUCAGAAUGCUCACAAUCCAUCAAUGGGGCCGCUUAAGUCCAUUUUCAACAGUUUACCGCCACAGAGUAAUGCUGGCACAAUAGCAGUUUCCACAAGUUCUUCUGGGAAUUUCCCAACACAGUUACCUUCUUCAUCUGCACGUACUUCUGGGAAUUUUCCAGCUCCAGUUUCGUGUACUUCUGGGAGUUACCCAGCACAGUUGCCCACACCUGUUUCCUGUACUUCUGGGAGUUUUCCAGUACAGUUACCUUCUCCAGUUUCCUGUGCUUCUGGGAAUUUUUCUGCACAGUUACCUAGUCCAGCUGCAUGUACUUCUGGGAGUUUUCCAACACAGUUGCCUACUCCAGUUUCCUGUACUUCUGGAAGUUAUCCAGCACAGUUGCCUACUCCAGUUUCAUGCACCUCUGGAAAUUUUCCAACACAGUUACCUUCACCAGUUGCAUGUACCUCUAGUAAUUUCCCAACACAGAUGCCUGCUUCUGUUGUGUGCACUUCUGGAAAUUUUCUGUCACAGUUACCUGGUUCAGUUGUACGUACUUCUGGCAGUUUUGCAGCACAUUUACCUACUUCAGUGGCACAUUCACAGCAGCAGAGACCACCUCCAUCACAGCAUCGACAACCACCGUCUCAGCAUGCACCUCCACCUCCGCAGCGACCACCUCCACCACUGCAACCUCCGCCUGCACUACCACCAGUACAGCCUCCACCUCCAACAGUACAGCUUCCUCCUCUGCCACGACAGCUGCAGCCACCACUUCCACCACCACCACCCCAUGUCACUGUUUUGCCUCCAGCUUAUCCUCGCAGUCAGAAUAGUAUUGCUGUUCGACCACCAGUUCCUCAGUCAGUGUUUGUUUCUCAGACACUUCCUCUUAAUCAGUCUGCUAGGUCUCCAGCUACCUUUUUGGCUACAGCACCUAUACUAAGACAGUUGAUUCCAACUGGUAAGCAAGUAAACGGUAUACCAACAUACACUCUUGCUCCAGUUCCAGUUACUUUGCCUUCUGCUUCUGGGAGUGUGGCAAACAUUACAACAUCUGCUGUUCCUGUACAGUUUACACAAGCUAAAUCAGUGACGCAGGUAACUGUCCCUACACCAAAUGUGCCUCCUUCACCAACUCCACAUGUAAUGCAGUCAACUCUUCAGCCUCCACUUAAUCAAGCUUCAUUUUUACCUCCACAAAUAAACUGUGUUCCAAAGCAAGCUAAACAGUGGAAGACGUGCCCUGUAUGCAAUGAGUUGCUUCCUUCAAAUGUGUAUCAGGUUCACAUGGAGGUUGCUCAUAAGACAGCUGUUGUGAAGACCGAGGAUCAGGGUGUGCCUGAAAAACUUGUUGCUCGAGCAUUGUUUUUGAAGUGGAUCAAAUAUAAAGUUGUCAGAUGCAUCUCUUGUAAAUGCUUUUUGUCUGAAGAUAUACUUGCAACACAUUUACUGAUGCAUGGCUUAACUUGCUGUUUGUGUCCAGAGGUUUUCUGUAGCCUAAAGAGUUUAUUAGAGCACACCAAGAGCAUCCAUGAAGGGCAAGUAAAAAUUCCUAGGGACUUAAUGGCAAAUGGUUUUCAAUUUGACACCGACUUAAAUGGAAAUUUAGCAUUCUCCCGCUUUGACUUCACCAUAGCACUACCAAAGGAAGAAAUAGGUGACAGAGAAGUUCAUCUGGCCCUACUUUCUGGUCCACAUCAAAAGGUGGUUGUGCCUAUCUAUAUUAAAAUACAGCUUUCACAGCAACAUUCAGUUGUGCAGCAAGUCAGCCAGAACCGUCAGCAAGUGUCAAAAUGCCCAUUUUGUUUUGGCACAUUUUCUGGGUCAGAAAUUUAUGAAAUGCACUUGAAGGAGCGGCAUCAUAUAAUGCCAACAAUUCACACAAUUUUGAAGACUCCAGCCUUUAAGUGCAUUCAUUGUUGUGGGGUGUACACAGGCAACAUGACUCUGACUGCUAUUGCUGUGCACUUACUUCGUUGCAGAAGUGCACCUAAAGACAAAGCUGAGGCAAAUGGAGACAUUGUGUCUGAAUCUUUUGGGAAGAAGCAAGAAGAAAUGGUGAAUGCAGAAAAAGAAAAAACAGAGAUUAAAUUGUUUCCUUUUAAACGAAAAUCGUGUGAUUCAGCUGCUGUUACAGUUAUAUUGGAACGUAAUAAGGAUAAGGAAGAGCUACGUAUGGCCCCAAAUGGAGAGAAGAGAAGAAGGGUUGAAAGUAUUGGUGAUGAAGUGUCAUCUGCAACAGAUCUGGAUGAAGAUUAUGUUGAUUUAAUACUGGAUCCAAGAGGAUAUGAAGAUUCUUCAUAUGAAAAGCGAAAGCAGUUUAUCUUGAACUAUUUCCAUACACAACCAUACCCAAGCAAGAAAGAAAUAGAAAAACUUUCAAUGGUUUUGCGAUUGUGCAAAACAGAUGUUGCAACAUUUAUUAGCAAAAAACGUAACAAGUGUGUAAAAUCUGCUCAAAGCUCUAAGCCUUCAGUUCUUUUGGGAUUUAAUAUGACUGAAUUGAAGGAUGUAAAGCACAGUUUAAAUCUAAGCUAAAUCAGCUCCGAAAGCUGAUACUGACAAAUAUUACCCGAUAUGAGCAUAUUCGCAGUGUGCUGUAAGUGGGUUCUUUACUGUCAUUUGAAUUUUCAAAACCACAAGUUGCAGGUUUCCACAUGCAUAAAUGGACUGCUUUAUUCAGUUCGACAGCCUGAUUUGCCAAAAAAAUAACUUUCAUUUGGCCCAUCACUUAAAGCAGAUUGCAGCCUGAAACAUUCCAUGUCAGAUUUUUUUUUUUUUUUUUUUUUUUUUUUUUUAAAGAAUGCUUUUUUAGAAAUGCAGGUAACUGUAAACUGUUAACAUAUGGCUUGUAAAUUCUUCCCUGGGUUUUCAUUUGUUUUAAACUGAAUUUGAUAAUUUCAUCUACUUUCUAGAAACAUUGGAAUAAAGCAAAGCAACCACAUGGCUUAGGAUGUGGGCAUUCAAAGGCAAGAUUCUUCAAGAACUGUUUACAUAACAGCAGUAACAGGCUUGUAAAAUAUUUCUUAUGUUGUAAUGCUAAGGUACACAGAAAAGUUUUUGUUAUAUGUGCACCUGUAGACUUGCAUAAUUGAGCUUACUGGUGUGGUUACAUCUUUAAGCUCCUGCAGUUUGCUUGUAUUGAGAAGCUACAAGCAAAUGUAUUUUAAGUUGCUUGCAUGCAAGCACAAAAUGAGAAAAUACUUCUAUGGGAAACUGUGAAGCAAAGAAAAAAAAGUUUGCAAGCAGUAACAAAACAGGGUUACCAUCUACUACAACACUGUAAUAUAGUUAUGUUGUGACUUACGUUUAGCUUAUGUCCAAUUUAGAGUAGCUGUUCUAAUUAUUUAUGAGGAUUAGGACUGGGCUUGAAAAGGGUUUGCAAGUCAUCAUACCUACUUGAAAGAUUGAGUUUAAUAACAGGCAUCAUUUUACUUUUCUGAUGUAGACAUUGUAGUCCUUAUAGCUGCUUUAAGAUAGUUAAAAGCACAUGCUGGUAUGUAUUAAGAACAUUUUGCAUGGCUAUAAGAAUGUCCCAUUCGUUCAUUUCUUUGAUGUGUAACUCAGCUGAAGUGAAUGGUGUUCAUUUGUCGACUUUCUGCACUUCUGUUUUCAUCCCCUUCUUUAUGUGGAGACACCAGCUUAAGAGUUUUAUAAUUUCAUAUGUUCAUUACCUGUAUUCCAGGUUUUCAUAAUUGUCAGGUGCAGAGAAAUGUCUUGUUUUAUGAUAAUUCAUUUCAUUAUGUCCUGUGUAGUUUUAUAUCCCUUUUUUUCUAUUUCCCAGGUAUAGAAAGAUUGUAGGCAUGAACAGUAUAAAAAAACAAGAAGAGGUUUAAAUAGGAAAUAUCUGUAGAACCAAAGUCUGAUUUUUUUUUUAAAGGUCUUCUGAUGCCUUCAAGAUUUUUUUUUCCUCGUGCGUUCUAAAGAAAGAAAACAUGAUUCUUAUCUUUUGAGAAACACUAUGGUCCAGCUGAAUGUCUACACCUGAGGCUGUCAUCCUUGUUUUAAAAGACAAUCUCAGAAUUGGCAAUCAAAUUCAUUUUUUGCUUUCAUUAAGCAAAAGAACAUUUAUUUUCUUUAAUGUUUUGAGGAUUAGUAUUGGAACAUGUACUUCCAAAGUGUCUGUUUCAAUAAAGAAAAGCAAAAGAGCAAGUCUGUGUUGUGCAUUAGCAAUCCAGAAAGGACACCUGCCUACUCUACAGUAAUGAUGAAUACACUUUACUGAUGAUAGUUAAAAUGUUUAAAAUGCUAUAGAAAGUUAAAUCCAUAACAACUUUAGCUCUUCACAUAAUCACUGAUUUUUAUGUACAUCAUCAUACAUGAAGAUCUACAUCAUCUAGUGUACUAGACAUGCUGUAGAAAGUUAAAUCCAUAACAACUUUAGCUCUUCACAUAAUCACUGAUUUUUAUGUACAUCAUCAUACAUGAAGAUCUACAUCAUCUAGUGUAGUAGACAUGCAGCAAGAACAGAUGAAUGAUAAAUGAAAAAAAAUUCUUUGUUUUGGUAGUUUUCCUGGUGAGGAAAAAAAGAUGCAAGACAUCAGUAGCUGUUUAAAUGUCUUCCAUACCUGAAGGUUAAAUGUUUUCCUUCUAUGUUUUGUUGAGUUGCUCAUUGGCGCUACCCUUCACAGGAUUAUUUGAAAUAAUCAAGACCGUAAAUGUAUUGAUAACUUUAUAACUUCUACAUAUUUAUAGCUUUUUAACAAGUUUCUUGUCCCAUUGUAGAAUAAGACACCCUCCCCCAAUCUGUGGAAGCAUUCUGGAUUCUGGGUUGUAGACAUCCUACAAAAGUCAACACAUUCCCAGAAGAUCAUUUAUUUUUCAGUGAAAAGUAUUGCUCUUUAUGGCUUAUUUUUAUUUUAUAAUAAGCUGUAUGCUUUUAUUUUUAAUUUGGUGCUUAAGCAUUCAUUUGUUCUUAGUGUACAGUGAAAUGAGGAUGACAGGCUUGCAUGUUUUCUUUAUAUACAACAAUAUAUUUAAAAAAAAUCUGAUGCAGCAUUCUGUCUGUUGCCAAACACAGAACAGUUAGCGUAAUUGUUUUGACAGUUUUUCAUGUCUGUUUGUUGCCUUAAAAUAUUUGUACUUGUGCUUCAUUAUUUCAUUGCUUUUGUAUUUGGUAGUUGAACAUUUUGGAAUUUAUGUACACUUUUAAAGCCUGACAAAAUUAAAAGUUGUUGCAUCAUCAUCA